CUUUAUAAAUAGAUAAAUAGAAAGCUGUAUCAGAAGCAUUGUUAUUUUCAUCAUCAACUAAUACUCUCCCACAGUAUUCACAGCGAAGGCACACGUUUCCAGGCCCGCUCGCUGUACACCAACAGUACUCGCUGAGUGACUUCGGCGGCCCGCCGGGAACACCCAACGUCGUAAUAGGUCACUGAUAAGAUUCGCAUCUCGGCACAAGAUGCAGGACAAGAGUUUUACAUUACAGAGAGAGCACUGUGACUGUUCAUCAGUGUUUCAUUAGUAACCAAAUAUUCAUUUUCUUACAAAAUUGGCUAGAUCUAGUAGGCUACUUGUAAUGUGUAGGAGAACGGUGUAGUGAGAGUUUACCCAAACGACAAGACGGAGACCUAGGCAAUAUAUAAAAAUGUCCUUUACUAACUACUAAGAAAUGUUUGAAUGAAACAAUCCCUUUGGCACAGCGAUGGAUGUGAAGCAGAUCGGGAAGGCCGUGCAGUAUCACGGCGUCGCGCUGCUGAAGAAGCUCGGGGAGGAGCAGCAGGAGGCGCCAUCAGCGACCAUCUUGAGCUAUUUGUCCAAGAGAGAGCCGCAGGAGCCAGAGAUUAGGGAUGAGCAUUUUCAAAAUAAGUUGUGCAGUUUUAUUGCCAAAAAAUCGGAUUUGCUGUUUCGUCCUUUGAGCGGUGAGGAUAAGGAGACGACGAGCAAAGACAAUAUCGAUGAUGCGUACGCUAUCAUGCCGCCGUUGGAAACUUUUAUGGACUUACCGGUACCUGUACGAAGGGAACAUUUGUACAAUACUUUACAUGUGGAUGAUUGUGUCACAGGCGUAGUUUCUCAGAUCCUUGAGAACGGACUCCUCAUACGCUUGCUCUGUGUGGAUAAGUUUCAAGCUCGAGACAUUGAGGACCUAGAGGCUAUGGCUUAUUGCCCUGCCAAGGAACUUCCCAAACUUUACGCCAAUGAGAGCGCCCUCGAUGCUUUUCAGGAGAAGGAUAUCGUCAGAGGGAUUGUGCUGAAUGUUGACGCCAAAACGGAGAGAAUUAUCUUGUCCCUGCAUAAGAAGGCGGUGCCUGAUGAGAAAAAGUACCCUCGCAUCGGAUUGAUCACAGAAGCUGAGUUUCCAGUUCAUUACAGGAGAAAGAGUCAGAUCCAGGAUAUGCCGUAUGAGGAAAUGAUCCACUCCGUCUUGGGGUUCAACAACAGCGGGAAUGUCAAGGCACUUUUGUCUGAGCUCGACAUUCCUGACACUGCCUCGUACUUGCGCUUCCACUCCAGGUUGAGGAUACCAGAGAAAGAAUACGCAGAGGGACUGAACAAAUGGCAGUCGCAAAAGUUGGCUCACCAGAGUGUGGCUCAAGGUGUGGAGUUUUUCAAACAAGGGAAGGAACUGGAAGCGAUGCAGCACUUUAGCCGAGCCUUGCAGAUUGAUCCGACAAACGUUGAGGCCUUAGUGGCCCGUGGAGCUCUUUACGCCAACAAGGAAAGUUUCCAUCGAGCGAUCCAAGACUUUGAGGAGGCUCUGGCGGCGAAUCCCAGACAUAAUAAUGCUCGCAACUAUCUGCUGGAGACUUUGCUCACCUACGGGAAAAGCUGCGAGGACGACCGCGAAUUUGAGGAGGCGUGUGUUCACUACCAGCACGCCCUGAAGGUGGACCCGGGGAAUGUCGAGGCCAAAGACAUGUUGGCGGGAUGUCAGCGACUAAUGGUCAUUCAGAAACAGCAGGAGGGCAGCAAGCCGGGGGCCGAGGUGGAGAAAGAAAAAACCAUUGACGUGGACGUUGAUGUGGGUCAGUCUCUGAUCAGUCGCACCGCGGAGAAACUGAAGCAACUCAUCCAGGAAGACAGGAAGAAGAGUUCCUCCAGUGCCAAGAAGAAGACAAAGAAACGCUGGAGCAGCAGUAGUAGUUCAUCCGACUCGGGGCAUUCCGGGCUGAGGAAACCGCAGCACAGGCGCUCAAGGUCAUCGUCGUCCUCCGGAUCUGACAGACGGCACAGAAGGAAAUCCAGGAAAGUGUCUGGAGAUUCCGACCGCUCGUCCAGAAAGAAGGGCAAGAGAAGACGUCGCAGCGUGACAACAUCGCCCCCGCCGCGGAAACCUGACGUGAAGGAAGAACAUGGGGAGAGAACUCUGACGAGAGAGAAGUCGCCUGUCGAGGAUCGCCGAACCAAAGACUCGCUAAUGGUGAAGACUGAAGGCGGAGCCGAGACGGAGGGGUUCAGCUUCGAGAUCGAGCCGAAAGUGACGACGUCUUUCCUGCCCGUGUCCUCGCGCGACUACUUCAGCACCACCACGCGGAUCCCCGGCCUGGGCAGCCCCGAGAACGCUGACGAGCGGCCGCCGCCCGUGAAACGAUCGCCCCAGCACCGCACGGCACAGCUGCUCAUGACGGAGAGGCGCAAGUUUUACGAGGACAACGCCCGCCCGCCACAACACACUUUUCGCGGAGUCUCCUCGUCGCUCGCCACGGGACAACGGAGGUCGCGGACGAGGUCUCCGCAGGGGUCAAGGUCACGAUCGGCCAAGAGGUCGUUGUCUAGAUCCCCGCAGAGGUCAAUGGCCAGGUCAAGAUCUGCCAAAAGGUCGCCGUCUAGGUCGAGGUCAAGAUCUGGCAAGAGGUCACCGUCCAGAUCUCCGCAGAGGCCAAGGUCACGAUCUGCCAAGAGGUCGCCGUCUAGGUCUCCCCAGAGGCCGUUGCUGGGGGCGAGAGCGAGGCGGAGUCGGUCCAAGUCUCCCCGUGAGGGCACCGGCCUCAAGGAACUGGACAUGUACCUGGGCAACGUCCGGCCGUCCAAGGACAAAGACUCGCAGGACAUUCUCUCGGCGUGGGAGUCGUUUAUCCGACACAAGGAAAAGCCGAGUCCCCCGCCCGCGAGACGAUCUCGUUCCGACAGCCGAGACUCGGUUGGGUCCCGCUCACCGUACUCCAGCCCCCGCCCUCGCUACAGGUCCCGAUCGCUGUCUCGAUCCCCCGCCGCACCACCGCUGUCGUUCCGACAAGACUACGGCGACUCGUGGAGAGGAGAGAGGAGGGAAGGCGACCCAGGGUGGAGAGAGAGAGUCUACAACGAGUGGGGGGGCAGGAGGGGAGGGAGGCGCGGUGGAGGCUUGUGGUCGGGUCGCGGGGGUUAUAGGUCGCCGGGUAGAGAGAGAGUCGUCCCCCGCGACAGGGAUAGAGGUCGCCUCUCAAGGUCACCACCACCCCCUCCUGUGUCGUCUGUGGCUGCGAACAGAUUCGAUCAUCAGUUCCCGAGCCGAGGGGGGUAUGGUAGGGGAAGGAUGGGGAGGCUUCAGGAUAGGCCCGGCCGACCGAAAACGUUUGAGGAAUCGCCGAGAGGGAUAGAUGGCUCGGAGACGGGGAGAGACAAAAGCGUCUUUGUUGAGGCCGACUCUAGACCUUCCUUCUCACAAGGGCUAGUCGACAGGCAAAUGUCGCAGGAACAGUUCUUGAGGUGGAGAGAGAGACAGGAGAAAUAUGAAGCCACCGUUUCUUUAAAUCUAGAUGAAAGGAGAGAAGGAAUUCGCGCUGAUCAACAGAGGAGGUCGCAGGAUGUGGGGGAGGAGGGGAAGAGGGUGAGGGGUGAGGAACUUUGGGGUGGGAGGGAGGAGAAGGCUGGGAAGGAGGAGAGGGCAGGGAGGGAGGAGAGGAGUGGACGAGAGGAGAGGGUGGGGAGGGAGGGGGGUCCGGGGAGGGAGGAGAGGAGGAGUCUGAAGGAUGCGUGGACCUCCAUCCACAAGGGUAGGUCAGGAGACAGAGAGCCCAGCGACCUAGCUGAAGACAGGGUCAGGCUGGAAGGUCAGUACGCGACCUCCAAGAACCCGGACGGAGGUCAGCGGGAGAGGGAGAAGGUCAAAGAUCAGGGCCGAGAAGAGAGAGAUGGGUCGUCGUUGAGCAGUAGGAAGUUGGAGGAUGGUUACGCGUACGGUGGUCCGAGGGAAGAAAGUGGGCGAAGGUUUCAGGAAGAGAGAGAGAGGUCGCGAGAGUCUUCUGCUAGCCAGAAAUUUGCUGUUGAGUGGAGGCAGCAGAGAGAGAGGUCGCGAGAGUCUUCUGCUAGCCAGAAGUUUGUUGUUGACUCAAGGCAGCAGAUGGAGGAAGUCGGUGUGUCUGGCGGGGGGACGUCUGCCGUUGAGGACGAGGUCAAACCCUCGAGGAGACGACAGGAAGUGGAUGAGGAGGGGGGAGGAAGCGGUAAAUUGGGAACGGGCGGAGCUGGGCCGCGGAUUAUCCGGAAGCCCGUUAUGGAUGAUCCGAACUUGAAUCGUCCGAUGCUUUCUUCGAACGAGUUGGCAGUUCUGGAGAGGAAGAAGAGGGAGGAGAAGGAGAGGCUGAGACAGAAGUACGCGGAGACGAAGCCCGACACAGCACAAGACGGAUCGGAGAACUUUAAGGGAGGAGAGAGCAAGAGGGCCUCUAAGGACAGGAGAGGGGAGGAGGAGGAGUCAGACGGGAAGACGAGGAGAACGGACAGAAAGAAGAAGAAGAGGAGGAAGAGCAGAGAUAAAGACAAGAAAAGAAGGAGGAGAGAUAGCAGUGACGCUGGUGAUGAUGAGGAGGAGAAGAAGAAGAAAAAGAAUGGUGAAAAUGAUAAGAAAAAGUUAAAAAUAGAAGCGUCCAAGUCACGAGGGAUGCCUGAUGAUGACAGAGGAGACGGGAAAGGAAGGAAAGGUUCGGAUGACGCCAGUGAGGGGGGUGAAAAAGGUAGAAAAAGUCAGUGGUUAGACGAAGUCGAUCUAGAGAAAGAGAUAGAGAGAAGGGUGCAACAGAGGCUGAGAGAGGAGGAAGCGAGGUUGAAGGAGGUCGCGUUGGCCUCUCAAGGUCAGCAAGAAGCUGUCGGGCACGAACAAGGGGCAACAGAUGUGCCAGAAACAGCGACUGACGGAGAAUCGAGCGAUACAUUGGCAGCAGCCGCCCAAGAAGCGCAGAAGGCGAGCCGCUGGGAUUCUAAGAGGAGGGCUAGUGGCCAGAAUUCCGUAGAUGUACGCGAUCUCGGGGGGGAUAAAUCGGAGAAGAAAGGAGAGAGUGAGGAGGAGCAAGAGAGAGACAGGAUCGGAGAAAGCGAGGGUAAGCAAGAGGGUGAGGAGAAAGGAGAGAAUGAGGGAAAAGGAGAGAGUGAGGAGGAGGAGGAAGAUAAUCACCCUGAGGUUUUCAUAGAGACUCAGAGCGGUUGGUGCAAGGACAUGAAGGGCAACAUGUACUACGCCAGGAAGUGGGAGGAGCUAGCGGUGGGCUGGCACGAAGACAAGCACGGCAACAAAUACUUCGCCCACGCCAUGGACCGCGAGUCUUACCAGGAAGCUAUUGAGGGGCUGAGGGAGGAGAUGAGUGAGAGGGAGAGGGAGAGAGAGGCGUGGAGGUCGCGGGCUCGCGGGAGAGGGUACGGCAGGGGGCGGGGGAGAGGUUUCUUCCAUGGCUACGGGGCCAGGGGCAGGUUUGAAUUUAACAGGAGGUCGCGGUCACCCAAGAAGUCACGGUCGCGAUCGCCCAAGAGGUCACGCUCUCAUAGAGAGAAAAGGUCACGCUCCAGACAUCGUCGAAAUUCUUCGCCUUCGUCUGUGAGUGACAGUUUGAAGCCAAGAGGCUCACCUCGUUCUAGGCGGAGCAAAGAUGGCCGCAGCAAAAGCUCCGAUAAGAAGAAGGCUGAAAAGAUUUCUGCGGUAGCUGACAAGUCGGUCAAGGCCGCCGAUCAUCAAAAGUCUGCGGAGCCGAGCGGUAGGACAGGAAGUGGAGGGCCUGAGGUGGCUGACCCACCAGUCGCAGACCGCGAGGACGAGACUGGUGUGCAGGAAGAAGAGACGGAGGUCACCUUUGUCGUGGGGACAAGGGGAGACAACAAACUGUUUGCUACAGCUGAUCUACGAGAGGCGUCUCGGGAACAAACUGACGACUGGGACGAUGUUGAAAACGAAAACUGGAGGGAGAAAGUCCCGCUUAAGUCGGCUCUCAAGGUCACUCCGGCCUCCCGGUGGGAUCGGAUGCCAGGGGUGGGUGAGUCGGGGGGCCACUCACGGUGGGCGGACGACGCGAGUGUGGGGCUGGAGACUGACGAAGUGGGAGGGAAAACUUCCGAGGAAAGUCUGACAGAACUGGAGAAAUUUCUGAGAAACUUGAAGCAGAUGAAGAAAAAGCAGUGGAUAGCGGAGGGGAAGGUGAAAGAAAAAGAAUGAAGAAUGUUUAUGGAUCAAGAAUAACGUCUGGUGAUGGAAUAUGGAUCAGAGGGACUCAUAACAAUCAACACUCGUGCUUGUUAAGAUAGCGGCCUCGUUAAUGAACUCUGAAAUUUUAAAACUGACGGUAAAUUUUGCUGUAAAAUGUCACAAUUAGCAACUUCUUUAACUCUUACGGUACCGUUGGCAACUUCAGUCACUCACUACCGCUGGCGACUUUAGUCGCUGACACAAACAGGCACACUAAACAUAAUUAA